ACAUGUCAUCCCGCAAGUGAGGCUUGACGAGCCGGCGGAAGACAAUUUCGUCAGGAGCACCUCUCUACGAUCCCUACAGCAGUCGCAUCCGCGGAGCAAACCCUAUUCACCGGCCAAUGUGAGAAGACACCUCAGGCUGGCUGAGAGCAGCAGGAGCGCCGCUGUCUGGAGCUGCUGUGAAAUCGGGCGCUUUGGGGGACGUCUGGAGGAAGCCGGCGCCGGGGGAAGUGAGCCGUUCCUGGGGAGGGAGGAUCCUGGGCUGGGCGGCAGCGCCGGGCGCUGACUGAGUCCUGGAGAGAGAAGAAUCUGAGCUGGGAAAGAGAAAAACAUCUACAGUGUUGCGAGGAACAUUUGGUCCAUCCUAAGAGAGGAUGAAGCCCUCUUACCAACUGCCCCCAUAGCAGCACUCGUAACUACUUCCUCAGUUGCUCGGAGACUCUUUUGAAUUGUGAACCCUCCCUUCCUGUCCAGGAAACUGCUUUCCGUACAGCCACCUCUGCUGAAGACUGAAGUGUUCUGGGUCAGGGCUGGAAGAGGGGUGAAGAGCCUGUGGUCGACAUGUCGCUGAGUGCAGCGACAUGGAGGACCGUGAGUGCUAACACAGACAGCAAUAACAGAGCUACCACUAACUGGAGCUACCGCUAACAAAAUCCACCGCUAACAGAGCCACAGCUAGCAAGUAACUGGAACUAUCACUAACAGAGGCACCACUAACAGGAGAACCGUGCACCUGGACUGGUCCGGGCUGCCUGUGAUUGGUCAAAUUUUAAGACCGUGCUCUGGGAUUGGUGGAGAAGACCCUGUUGCUACGGUGACCCGGCCAGAUCACUCUGAGAGGAACAGGCAGCCGGUAAGGAGCAGGGCGGGCAGGACGUCCCGGGUAGGGGCGGGCGAGAGGACGCGAGGGCGGGCGUUGAGCAUGAUGGAGACACACCAGCUCCCCGCCCUCCAGGUCCACGGGGACUGCUUGACCGUAGGGGCGGGAAUGGUGGGCGGGGCCGAGGAAGCGGGGGCGGCGUCUAACGACCACACCCCCUCCCUGCGGCGCAAGCGCUUCAAGAUGCGGCGCAUGAAGAACGUGGCGAGCGAGCGGGAGGGGCCCGAGGGGGGCGGGACCCUGCGGCGGGCGGGGUCCGGUCCAGGCUCCGCCCCUUGCUCCACCUCCAAGGAGUACCUGCAGCUUCCCUCCAUCGAGAUCACGCCGUCCAGUGACGAGGACGCCCCCUGGUCCAACUGCUCCACCCCCAGUGCCUCCCCCCGCCGCAAACGCUGCCUACUGAAGAAGUGGCUCCGGGUUCGAGAGAAGAAGGACGGCAGUGAGAGCAGCAGCCAGCAGAGCAGUCUGCAGAGCAGCCAUGAGGAAGACUCCACCCGCUUCCUGACUCCGUACAUCCGCGAGGAGAGGGCAGACAGUGGAGUGGACCGGCUGAGCACUGCCAGUAACUCGAACCGGAGCACGCCCGCUUGCUCGCCCGUCCUUCGCAAACGCUCGCGCUCGCCGACGCCCCAGAACCUGGAGGGCGAGACCAUGGUGGAGAAGGGCUCGGACCACUCCUCUGACAAGUCCCCCUCGACCCCGGAGCAGGUCGUCCAGCGCACCUACAGCCAAUCGGUGCACUCCGCGCGCAGCGGCGGCAAGAACUCAAAAUCUCACAAGCGACUUUCCAAAUAUGACAGGCUAAACCUGAUUAAAAAAAGCCAGAGCUGGUACAACGUCUUGAGUCCCACGUAUAAACAGCGCAAUGAGGACUUCAGGAAGCUCUUCAAGCAGCUGCCCGACUCAGAGCGCCUCAUCGUGGACUACUCCUGCGCUCUGCAAAGGGACAUCCUCCUGCAGGGACGACUCUACCUCUCAGAAAACUGGAUCUGUUUCUAUAGCAACAUCUUCCGUUGGGAAACGCUGCUGACCGUGCGGCUGAAAGACAUCUGCUCCAUGACGAAGGAGAAGACAGCCCGUCUCAUCCCCAAUGCCAUCCAGCUUUGCACUGACAAUGAGAAGCACUUUUUUACCUCGUUUGGGGCCCGGGACAGGACUUACAUGAUGAUGUUCAGGCUCUGGCAGAAUGCUCUGCUCGACAAGCCCUUGUGCCCCAAAGAGCUGUGGCACUUCGUCCACCAGUGCUACGGGAACGAGCUGGGCCUGACCAGCGAUGACGAGGACUACGUGCCGCCGGACGACGAUUUCAACACUAUGGGGUACUGCGAGGAGAUCCCGGCCGAGGAGAACGAGGUCAACGACAACUCCUCCAAGAGCGUGGCCGAGGCCAAGCCCGACGCCAGCCCGCUGCCCGCCAAGAAGGCCUUCGGCGGCAGCAACAACAACAACGCGCUCACCCCCACCGGGAGCGGCGAGGCGCCCGUCUCCUUUGAGCUGCCCCCAGUGGAGGAGUUCAGCAGCUGCCUUCCGGGGGACGACGUCCUGCCCAUCCUGCUGCCCGACAACAGGAGCCGUGAGCUGAGCAUCCCCGUGCCCGUUCCCUCGCCCUCGCUCGACUUCAACGACAACGAGGACCUGCCCACCGAGCUCAGCGACUCGUCCGAGACGCACGACGAGGCAGGAGAGGUGCAGGCCUUCCAGGAGGACCUGAACGGGAAGCAGUACAUCAACGAGGUGUACAAGUUCAGCGUGGACAAGCUGUACGACAUCCUCUUCACCGAGUCCCAGUUCAUGAGGGACUUCCUGGAGCAGAGGAGAUUCUCGGAUGUGGUGUAUCACCCCUGGAGGAAGGAGGAGGCGGGGAACCAGAUGCGUGAGAUCAUGUACACCAUCUCCCUCACCAACCCACUGGCCCCCAAGACUGCCACGGUCACAGAGACGCAGACUCUGUACAAAGCCAGUCAAGAGAGUGAGUGCUACAUUAUUGACGCAGAGGUGAUCGCGCACGACGUCCCCUACCACGACUACUUCUACACCCUCAACCGCUACAUGCUGACUCGGGUGGCCAAGAACAAGUGCCGAUUGAGAGUCUCCACUGAGCUGCGUUACAGGAAGCAGCCCUGGGGUCUGGUUAAAGGCUUCAUCGAGAGAAACUUCUGGAGCGGACUGGAUGAGUACUUCAGGCAUCUAGAGCUGGAGCUCAGUAAAGCGGAGGCGGCGGCUACAGAACCGCACCGGCAGUCGCCGAAGGCCAAGGCGCUGAGGACGGCGACGGCGAGGCGCAGGAAGCGGCCGCACGUUCACCUCCGAGCCCAACACCUGGACGAGGCCCUGAGCACCGUCACCACGCCCGAGGAAGAGGAGGUCAUCCACCGCAUCAAACACGUGGCAGGUUCCACACAGACCAGACACAUGCCUGAGCACGUCCCCGGUGGCUUCGCCCUGUACAGCGUUUCCAAGCUCCUCCUCAUCAUCAGCUUUGUCCUGGUGUUGCUGGUCUUCCUCAACAUAAUGCUCUUCUAUAAGCUGUGGAUGCUGGAGUACACCACCCAGAGCCUCACCACCUGGCAGGGCCUACGACCUCACGAGAGCAGGCUGCCGCAGACGCAGACGGAGUGGGCGCAGAUCCUGGAGUCGCAGCAGCGUUACCACGACGACGAGCUGCAGAAGUGGAGGGCCAUCAUCAAGUCCUCGGUCCUGCUGCUGGAUCAGAUGAAAGACUCUCUGUUGAACCUCCAAAAGGGCAUCGGCUUGAGGGACUACAGCUCAGAAACAGAGGAAAAAAGGAACCGCUAUCACUGACAAAAAGCGAAGCCCAUGGCCAAGAGGGGAACGGCGUGCAAUAUGACAAUACUGACACGGACACGUGUGCAAAUGAGGGACGACCUGUACUGGACCGAUGGGAUAGCGGGGAUUCUGCUGCUGCCGUCACCCACCAGACCAUCGGCAGGAAGCGCCAUCACCCUGAACAGGAAGUGGGGCGCUGUCACCGUUGAGGCAUUACGAGGAAGACGGCAGUGCUUCACCUCGGCGUAAAAUCCUAUCUUUUUUUCCCCUCUCUGUUCUAGAAUGUCAUACCGUAAGUUUUAAUUGCGUACAAAGAAAACUAAAAAAAAGGAGUCCAAUCAUCAGUGACCAUGACAACAACAAAGAAAAAAAAAGAAACAAAAGCAUGCAAUUUAAAAAAAUCUUUUAAAUGAGGAUUUGUAUUUGGAUUCCUGCUCGCUCUGUCUCGGAAGAAUGACGUCGAAAACAGACAAGGGCAGGGUUUAUUUCUUUAUUUCCCCACAGUUCUAGCACUCCCUUGACUGUUCCCAGAUAGACCGUCCCCCUAGUCACGAGCUGCAGUAUCCCUUACCUCCAGUGUUGACUCUGGGACCAGGUUAACUCAUUGAGCAUCAAACUGUAUGCACAUGCACUGAGCUUAAGUUCUAAGACAUGAGUCACAGAGAUAUAUAUAUAUAUAUAUGUAGUUAUGUGUAGUUAUAAUUUUUCUAUUGGAAUUGAUCUUUGCUGACAGGGCUCUUGUUUUGUUGCCAGGUCCACAUGGAGAGUCGGGGGCUGGUUUCCCCGAUAGCUAUGUGCCAUGGCGCUGUGUUCAUUUAAUCAUGAUAUAUGGUUACACCUUUUUUUUCCCUGACGUGAGGUUUGUCCCUAGUAUUUAAUUGGAGAAUAAUUGUUGGACAGGACCAUCUGUCUCAGCGACAGUUGGGACUGUAUACUGGAAAGUGCUGACAAAACCAGGAGGGGGAAUGUGAGGAAGAUUUUGUUUUCUUACUUAGGUUUGAGUUGAAGAAAUGCCGACUUUACCAGCAAUAAAGUGUCUACUUUUUGUCAGCUGCUGUAAGCUGGGAGCUUUGCAAAGAGCCUUCCCCAUGAAUCAUGAAAGCUACAAUUGCGUGGGCUUCCCCCUAAAAAUUUGAAGCUCCCUCCGCAGUAUUGUGAAGCUAGAGAAGCUGUCGGAAUGUGGUGAAGCUGUCAGAAUGUUUUGUUAGGAGUGUUCAAACUAUGCAUCGGUAAAACAGACCCAACAGCGUCAUUGUUCACUGAUACUGUUGCCUUGCAUCAUGGGACAAUGAAUGGGGACUGAUGAUAUGAAAACGCACCCUGUCUUUGAGAUGAGAUGUCUCUUCUCCAUCCGCUGACUAUUUUCAUUCUCAUCCCCUAUUUUGGGCGGGUAACUCACCUAGUGUUAAAGGGCCAGGUCUUUCAAAAAAAAAAAGUUCAGUGGCACAAUCUGUUUAUUUGUGACUUGUUCAGUUUCUUUUACUAAGUUUUGGGGUGUUGUUCCCCAAAUAAUUUUGUCCUACUUUAAGUAUUGCAGUCUUAAUCCAUGUAAUUGUAACUACCUACUCUUAACCUAUUCGGCCAUUGUUUUUUUGUUUUUUUUUAUAUUCGUGAAAAAGUGUCACUGCAUUUGCAAGUUAUAAAUCAGUUCCUAAGCAGAAUGUACUCUUAACUUGGAGUACUGCAUGGUCCUGAGUGAGGUCCGCACAUAAUUGUGAGUAAGGACCUAUUUUUGAAGUAUUCUUUGUUUGAAGAGACAAUAUGAAUCUGUUUGAUCAGUAUAAUGCCACAGAGAAAGGUGCUACAUACAUCAGUGUAAAAACUUCAUGUGAGUGAAAACAAGGAUGAAGUGUGUAAUAGUUCUUUAUGUGUGAAAAUGUGGUCACAUAACUUUUUGCCAGCAUUUUAUAUAGGUCUUGCUGAAAGGUCAACAGGGGGCAUUAUUGAGUCCAGACUAAAAUUUCAGUUUUAAGAGUUGGCCGUUUUGGUGGAAGUUCCUCCAAAAUGUGUAAAUUCUCUGCAAUAUCAGAAACUGACUGAUAACCAGGGAGAUGGGGGAUGGGGUGUGGGAUGAGGCAAAUUUUUUUAUUUAUUUUUAUUAUUAUUUUUUUUUUAAAGGGAUGCUGCAGCUGGACAAUGUGGGGCAACUGUUACUCAGAGAAUGUUUGAUUACAAAACUGUGAAUAGCUCUAUUGAAAUGACUUUUAAGUUGGAAAAGAAUAUAUGAAGUAUACACAUAUAAGAGAUGCAGAUAUUUAUUGAUGAUCUAUGUACAGCGUAUUAAAAAAAUAAAUUAACGGAGCCCAAGGAAUGUUGAAGAAUUAAUGGGUGAAAGAACAUGCUUCUUCGGCUACAUCCUCAGACUUGUCCGUCACGCCGUGUCUUUUUAAUUGCAUCAUGGGAAACGUAGUAUGUUUGUUUGUUUUGCUUGACUCCAUAGCCCGAGCAUGUUAGACGUAACAGCCAAACUGCCUUUUGUCGUGCUCAGUUUAGCCAUAUCCUGCCAUGUCCCGGCUACAGCUCACAGCCAACCAGCCAAUGCGCAAUCCUGCAAUCUGGCAAUACUGCGAAAGUACUGCACUGCGCCCACACUUCAUUUCAUCAAAACAACAGUGAGGUUUUGCCCCUUCAGUCUGAAUGUCUGUAAGCAGCUAACAUUAACAACCUCGAACUCUGAGACCACAUGCCACAUUCCAGGUAAUGUGACCUCAUCUCUGUUUAAAUACACAGUUAUGCUUUUCAGUCUCCUCACUGUUAUUGCUUACAGUGAAGCUCAUUGCUCAUAAUUCAGCAUCUUCUCUCUUCACUCUCGAGACCUACACAUCGUAUAUCACUUGACUAUUCCUGUGGUAGUAUACUGCCCUGUCUGAACACCUUGCACACCCAGAGGUGGUCAGAGAGUAGAAGUCCUGCCACGUGUUUCUUCCACCCAUGAACUCAGCCAGCUGAUUUCACUAAUUAGUUCUACCUCCUAGCUGAAGAAUUAUGCUAAUUAGCAAAUCCAGGUGAUUGGAACGAAAUACUGAGGAGGACCUUUACUUUCUGAGCCUGAAUUUUAUGGGUCUGUAUGCACCUUGCGCUUGAAUGUUUUUACUGACUGAUUUUGCAAAUGGCCCCCGUGCCCCUCAUGCCAGUAUUCUGUGCACAGAAAAGAAAAAAUGUUCAGUGUAAAAACCAACUCUAAUAGGGUACUUUUAACUGGGUGCAUGUGGUCCCUAUUGGGCUCAUAUAAACUCUGUUUCAGCUGAUUUAACACUGAGAACUUUAGUGUGUAUACUUUUGAAAAUAAGUGUUCUUGGUGAAGUGAAGUUCACCACACUUUUGCUUAAACACUGAAGAAACACACAUGGCAUGUGGACAUGUUGAAAGCUGCACAAUGACAGUAUUGUGAAGUGUGUUAACCAUCGUUUGCAUAAUAAUCAGUUUGUGGUAUCAUUCAAUGCACACAGCAGUUACAAUAGUGUUUCAGUGCAGAGGGGGUAUAUGAGAAACUAUAGUCAUGUGUAGUGUUCAUGUGCUGGCUCUCUAAGAGCCUCCAAUUCCCAUCAUGCAUUGCAUUAAAUGUAAAAACCCAUCUCAUGAACCAAUUUAAUAUGACCGGAUGGAAUAUGCAGUCUCACACACACUUGAUAUGCAUAUACUGCCCAUUAUCUCUGCUUUCCUGGCCCCGUCUCAAAGCUUUACUGCAUUUUAUAAAACUGGAAAGUGGUGAGAAAGAUAGCAGAGUAAUAAUGUUGAUAAUGAAGCUUAACUUGCCAUCAAAGCUCAGAAAUGUAGCUCAUUGCAUCGCCAUAACUGAAUCAUCAUAUAUUGCUGUUUGUGUGUCAUCUAUUUGCAUUUUUACUGUCCCUCACAGAUGCACCAUUAGCAUGAAUACGCUUUUCCAUACAGUUACUAUAACUACCAUCUCCUCCAUUUCCUUCAAUACUGUUACAGGUGCUGCUUGUGUUUAAACGUUUUUGAAAGUUCAACACUGUCUACCCCCACAUGCUGAUUCUGUGUGAAACCCAGUCUAUUUUUGUAUUCAUUUCAAUAUCUGUGAAUGUCAAGGGAACAAUAUGUUGUGUACUGUGUGAAGCCACCCUGGGAUCUGUCUGUCAGUACUGCACUUCUGUGGAUAACACAGUCUGUUUAUUUCUGAUAUAUUUGGACAUAUAUUUGUUUUUGGCCAAAGGUAUUAUGUUGUGUACGGUGGAGCACCUGCAGGAGCAAUGUCAAUGACUGUGAGAUUUGGAAAGGGAUAAUGUGCCCUUUUACUGAAUAUUUACUUUAACAAUAUGAAUCCAGGGUUUUGAUUGGCUGUGAUGGAAAUGUUUCUGUUUUAUAGAAAUUAUGACUUCUGUAAUGUGGCAAGCUCAAUACAUGCAAACAUAAUGACACAUUAUUGUGAUUGAUUGAUUUAUAAAAGGUUAAUCCAAUCUGUUUGCAAACUGUCACUAUGAUUCAGGCUAUAACUUGGAAUGUAAAAUGUGAGCUAGUUUGUUACAUUUGAGAGGAUUUUGCUCUUCAGCAAUGAUAUUGAUAUGGGGGAAAUGUGAUCAUUGAUCUAUAAAACCAACCACAUUGGAAGAGUAUCCUAGCCUAGCCUCCUAGUCAGUUUUACAUUAUCAGCUAGAGAAGUGACAAACACUUUGUAUGUUGUUCGGUCUCAUGACCAAACUGACAUACAUUAGAUCGAGUCUCUGCAUGCCAGUUUUAAAGAACUGAAGAUGACACUCCAUCCAUUUCUGCCCAAACCUGACCAAUCAGGAUUCUGGAAAUUUUGAAUGAUGUAAUAGAUUUUAUGCUAAUCAGAGAAUGAAUAAAAAAGUCAGUCAGCUUGUCUCAAUGUUUAAGAAAAAGGUAAAGAGUCUGAAUGUUAAAGCAAACAAAGCAUUAUUAUCAUUUUUUAAAGUAUGUUUUUUCAAAAGCAACUAUAAACCAUGAAAUUGAACACUCAAA